AUGACUAAGACAAUUGAAGCACUAAAAAGUGGAGAACUUUCUAGUGGGCGUGGUUUGAAUCAAGAAAUAGCUUUAAAAAGAGCUGGAGACACUAGAUGGGGUUCAUACUAUGGAACUAUACUUAGAUUAAUUUCUUUAUUUCCUUGUGUGGUUAAUGUUCUUGAAUAUGUUGAGGAAGAUAGAAAUAAUUCAGAACAAAGAGCUGAAGCAUAUCAUUUAUUGAAUGUCAUUCAAUCUUUUGAAUUCAUUUUUAACUUGCACUUGAUGAAAAAUAUCUUGGGAGUUAUUAAUGAGUUAUCUCAAGCGUUACAAAGCAAUGAUCAAGACAUUGUAAAUUCUAUGGCAUUAGUUAAAGUGUCUAAGCAACAGUUGCAAAAUAUAAUAGAUGAUGUUUGGUCUCUUUUACUUGACGAAAUCUCACUGUUUUGUGACAAACAUGAUAUUACUGUUCCAAUCAUGGAUGAUAUAUUUGUGUCACAAGAAAGAUCAAGACGCAAAGCUCAAAAGAUAUCAAAUUUACAUCAUUUUCAAGUUGAGAUAUUCUAUCAAGUAGUUGAUAGACAACUUCAAGAACUCAAUAAUCAUUUUACAGAGGUGAAUACUGAAUUGCUUCUUUGCAUAGCUUGUUUGAAUCCAAGACACUCAUUUUUUGCAUUUGAUAAGGAGAAGUUGAUGCAAUUAGCUCAAUUCUAUCCAUCAGAAUUUUUUUCCACUCAACUUUUGGCACUUGACAGUCAACUUGAGAACUUUAUACUAGAUGUGCGUUCUGAUGAUCAAUUCUCAGACUUAAAUAGAAUUGGUGCUCUUUCUCAGAAGUUGACGCGACUGUGUGAAGAGAGAAAGAGAGAAGAGGAGAAAGAAGAAAGAAGGGGCGUCAAUGGUGGCGGCCUGUGGCAGCCGUAUGGAGGGGCACAACAAUGGAAGGAGAAGCAGAGUGAUGGGUGUGGCGAUGCGAAGAGAGAAAGAAAGAAGGAGAUGAGAAAGAGAGGAGAGACAAUGGUUAUGGCGGUAGUGUGGAGGAGGGACACAGCCAUGGAAGGAAGAUGGAGGAAGGGACGUAGAGGUUGGAGGAAUUUUGGGGUUAGAAACACAUAA